UUUGUCAACAUGAGCAGCGGCAGACCGGAGGAUGCGUUAGGAGGUCGUUUAUCUCUCCCGGUGUUUCUCGGUCUGCCCGGUGGCUGAGCUCGCCUCGGCCGGUGGCUCAGUGGCUCCUCGGCGCCUGAACGGGUGGAUUUCUGGAAGAAACAAGUAUAUCGAGGGCCCAGUUGGAAAGAGGGGAAGAUGUAAGAAAUGAAGACAAAUGAUUCCCUGGAGUUUAAUCGCAUGAAGUCUUCCAGCUAUGGGAGCGGUACCCAGACGGCCUACAAGCAUAGCCUCCACAGCCUGCCUAUGGGUGAAGACUAUGGGAAAAAAUCCGUCAGGACGUUCUUUGACCUGAGGCACACGGGCGUGCCUGAAAACGUGCGCUUAAAGUGCCCUCCACUGUUGUUGUUUAGUCUUCAGAGAAUCUCAAAAAACAGAGUAUUCAGCUUCUUGGUGGGCUUGAUCAUGACGUUUUUCAUCAUGGCCUCGUACAUGCUGGUGUCGGACAAGAAAGGACUUUUGUUCAUCCUGUCACACUAUCAGAUGAGAUCCGUGAACGUUGGAACCGGCAACGGGUCAACAGAAGCCUUCGCUGAAAGUACUGUUUUGGACAUGAAAGGUCUGGUGGAACUCAUUAACUCCAAGCAGGAAUACCCACCGAGGAAAGUUCCUGAAGAGGAGGACGUCAUUGAGACUGACCCUCAUCUGUUCUCGGUAAUUCCUCGUCAUUUCCUGCCUGGCAUUAAGAGCCCUUGCUGGUACGAGGAGUACCCAGCCGAACCCAACUCUGAUCCGUACGGCAGCAACCCUUUUUUUAUUCGCUUACGGAAUUUCAAGAACCUGCGUGAGCGGCUGAAGACCAACUUCCGCCAGCACCUACUCCACCGAGACGGCAAACGCCUCCGUCUGCGCUGCCUGCCGUACUUCUACAUCAUUGGCCAGCCGAAGUGCGGCACCACAGACCUGUUCCACAGGCUGCUGCUGCAUCCUGACAUCAGAUACAACGGCAUUAAGGAGCCGCACUGGUGGACCCGCAAACGCUUUGGUUAUAAACACAACAAAGACGGUUCGGAGGAAAAAUACAGAGUGGAAGAUUACCUGGACCUGUUUGACCUGACGGCCCAAAAGAUCCAGGAAGGUCUGAGUGGAAACUCAUCUGGAGACCGCCGCGAGCUCCAGAGCAUAACAGGUGAUGGCAGCGCCUCCACCAUGUGGGACAACCAGUUCUGGAGCAUUGUGGACAGAGACAGGCAGGAGGCCGAGCCCCGCUUCCUGGUCCAGGACUUCAUCCACACUCUGGACCCCACUGCCAGGAUCAUCGUCAUCCUCCGAGACCCAGCAGAGAGGCUUUACUCUGACUACUUGUACUUUCGAUCCACCAAUAAGUCUGCCAAAGCCUUCCACCAGAGUGUUGUGAAGUCCGUGCAGUUGUUUCAGUCCUGUCUCUCUGAGAAGUCGCUUCGCUCCUGCGCCUACGACGGCAGCCUUUACCUCGCCAUGCCGGUUAGACUCCAUCUGGGAUUGUACGUGGUCUUCCUGCUGGACUGGCUGACAGUUUUCCACAGGGAGCAGAUCCUUGUUCUUCAGCUGGAGGACUAUGCAGCCAACGUCAAAGUUACAAUCAAAAAAGUGUUUGAUUUCCUGAAUUUAGGCCCUUUUCCGGAGCAGGUGGAAACGGCACUGACCCAACUCCCCACGUGCAACACCCGGCGGACGGCCGACAAAAAUCUAGGUCCCAUGCUUCCAGCGACCAAAGACCUUCUCAGGGAAUUUUAUCAACCUUUCAACCAAAAGCUGGCCGGUGUGCUGAACGAUAAUGCUUUCCUCUGGAGCCACACUUGAAGGAGCGUGGAUGUGGAGAAAAUGUGAAAAGACGUUAAAAAAAAAAA